ACAGGACCUCCUCCGUGGCUGUCCCACCUCCAAGGGCUGCAUUCCCCACCACACGCCUCGCUUAGCCCAACGCAGGGCUCUCGUGCUACGCUGAACAGUCACUGGCGCCAUUCCUCUGUGUUGCGUCGGCUUCUCUUAGGCGGUCUUCUCGUGUGUGUGUUCGAAUGCGUGAUCCUUGACUUUGUUCAUUUCCACUCUUGGAUUAAAAGAGUGCGGAAAUGAAUCCAACGACUUCGAGUGGAAUCAGCCAAAGCAGCAUGAGUAGUCAGGACAGCCAGGACAGCCAGGACAGCACCAAGCAGGAGGAGGCGAAGCAGGAGAAGCAGAAUGAGCCCUCCACGACGAGCGUCAGCAUCGCCGUGGGCACCGAAGACCUCAACCCGGCGAGCACGACUUCGCAAGCGGAGCCGACAGCCUCCACAUCCCGAAGCACCGGAGACUCAGACUGUGAUGGCAGCAAAGGCCCGAAGACAUGCGGCGUCUGCGGAGACAAGGCCAAGAGCAUGCACUUCGGAGGUCUGUCAUGCGAUUCAUGCAAAGCGUUUUUCCGCCGAGCUGUUCACAAUGACGCCUUCAUGAACUUCACUUGUCCGUACGAUGGGCAUUGCGUCAUCAACAUUGCAUCGAGGAAAUGCUGCCAAUAUUGCAGAUACAAGAAAUGCACGAACAUCGGCAUGGAGCGGGCGUGGGUGAUGUCAGAGGAGGACAGAGCUCAGCUGAUGAAGCAAAGAGCCGAGAGGAAAGCGAAGCAGGGGGACGAGGCCAAAAAGGGUCCCAAAGAAGGCAAGAGAGAACUCAUCCCGUACGAGCCUGAUAUGGCCAACAUGCUGAAUUAUAUGACGGAGCAGGAGCGAGACGAAGUGGAGCAGGCAGUGCGCAACUACCAGCUUGCCUAUCACGACGUCCCUUACAAGAACGACCUCAAACAGUUUAACGUGGGUCGUCCGAGCGUGCAGAUUAUCAACAUGUUUACCACGGUCGUUCGGCGGUUCGCUUAUUUUGCGAGGCUGUUCCCGGAUUUCUGUGAGCUCCCUUCCCAGGACCAGGGCAGCCUCCUCCGUGGUGGGAUCCUCGAGAUGUCGCUGAUCCGCGGCGUCCAGAGCUUCGACACAGACAACAACCGCUGGCCCAACACGAAGGAGCAGAUCUACAAGGACGCCCCCACCCUUCGAGUCGAGGAUAUGAAGAAACUUGUUAGUUGCGAGCUGUACGACAUGCACAUGAAAUUCAUUUUCAGCAUGAAGGACCUAAACGUAGACGAGCCGGUGAUGAUGUUGUUGUUGCUCAUCGUCCUGUUCACGAGCGACCGCCCCGGCCUACAGGAGGCAGCCCGCAUCCAGGCGCGUCAGGACCACUACCUGCAGCUCAUCAGGAAAUACAUGAACUGGCGCUACGGCCCCCACAACGCCACCAUCAUGUACCCGCGCCUGCUCAUCAAGCUCACCGACCUGCGAGAGCUCAACGACCAGCACAACGAGUACAACCUCAAACUCGCCAAACAGGAGGUAGCAGAGAUCCAGAUGCAGCUCGGUCAGCUGAACCUGAAUCCAUACACUGAGUGGCCACACAUAAUGCAGCACCCUAGUGUCUCUGGAUCUUCCUCUGACCCACAGGCACGUGCCCGCGCCACCGCUGGGGUAUUCCAGAUGCCCCCGGCCGUCACGUCGGCUAUGGCCGCCUCGGCGUCUCAAGCUGCAUCGACCUCAAAGGGCAGCAUGGGCGGUCUGGCUGAGGGUGUGGGCGGCGAUGCCGGGGCUGGGGCGGGGGCGACGGCGGCGGCGGCAGCGGCGGCCAUGGCGUCCAUGGACUUCGAGCAGCUCGCCAAUAACCCGAGCUUCCAGAAGAUGAUUAUGCAGCAGUUCCAGAAGUCGAUCAUGAAUGUCCUCAGCUCUCCGAACUUCGGCCUGGGAAGCCUUCUUCCUGAUGGUCGCAGCGGCCAAGUGCCUUUGCAGAGUGAUGCUUCUCAGCAGCAGCUGCAGCCACCAGCCGCACAACCAGCUGCACAAGCCCCAGCCAUUGCUCAGCACAUAAUUCAGCAGCAGAAAAUGCAGCAACAGCAGCAGCAGUCGCAGAGCGGCGGCGGGCAGGCCCCGGGCGCGAGCCAGGGGGGCCCAUCCGGGUUCCAGAGCUCCGACCUCAUGACGCAGCUCGAUUACCUCGAGACGAACCAGCCGGGGAACCUGCAGAGCAUACAGCAAUCGCAGCAAGCCUUCCAGCAGCUUGAACAUCAGCUGAUGAGUAAUAUUGGCGGCUACGGGAGCUAUGGCGAGCACAGUCAGCAUCCGCUCCAGCAGCAAUAUCAGCAGGCCCAGCAACAGGCCCUGAUGCAGCAGCAGCAUCUCAGCCACCAACAGGAGCUGCCGGAAGCCAUGCUGAUCAUCCCGAAGGAGGAGCCGACCACGCCGUCGCCGCCCGGAGUGCAGCACAUCCCCCACCCUCAGCCCGAGCACCACAUCCUCUACGAGGAGCAGCACGUCACCAUGCGCCAGGCCCGGCAACACAUGCCUGCCAUGCACCAUUCGCCCCCCGCGCAGCGUCAGCAGCAGCGAUCGCACGCAGGGUCAGCGGAGCCGGAGGAGGCGGGAGAGGAAGGGGGCAGCACUUCCCAGAAGCGCAGCUCGCUCAGCGACAUCGGAGGCCUGUUCCAGUUCCGCACGCUGCUCGAGGAAUUCGCGACGCUGGACAACCCGGAGCAGCUGGAGCAGGUGAAGCAGAUCCUUGGCCCGGAGCUCGUGAGCUCGCUGCAGCAGAAGCUCAUCGCCUCGUCCGCCCAGGCGCAGGCGGCCGCUGCGCAGGCGCACCACCACCCCCAGCACCAGCAGCCAUCCUCCCACGCCCCCCACCACCAACCCCCUCCUUCUCAGCACCUGCCCCCCCAUCACCCGCCCCCCCAGCAUCAUCCCCCUCCGCUGCCCCCCCACCACCACCCGCCGCUGCUGCCUCCGCCACCCCCCGCGCAGCACCAGCCGUCGAUGCCGCACGCCACAGCGCCGCCGCACCACCACAUGUACCUGUCUGAGAGCACGUACCCGUACUACCCGAGCGGCGAGUACUCAGGGCCGCCGAUGGGCGCCGCCUACCAGGGCGCCUCCACGUCCUACGCGUCCUCCACGCACGCCACGUCCCCACCGCCUCAGUACAGCGCGGCGGAGCCAUCGUCCUUCUGCAGGAGCCAGCACCGUAUAACGCCCCCGGUCAUGGGCGGCGGCGACGUGCCCGCGCCCUCGACCUCCUUCAUGCCUCCGGACAACACGGGCGUCGUGUACCAGUACCACCCCGACGUGGUGCAAAAUGUCACCACCACCAACUGAGUCCAGUCGACUCGUAGAUUCAUAGGCUUCUAAGGCGAUAUGGCUGCUAAGCCAAUUCGCGAAACAUAUUUGUGUGAUGACGUACACUUACAAAAAAGUGUGUAUAUGUAUGAGUUUUUGCGUAUGUGCGUGCGCGCUCGUGUGUUUGUGCUUGUGUGCAUUCUAUGCGUGGAUGUGCGCUAUACAUGUAAACUUUUAAAACAAUGAAGCAACCCCUUUGAUGGAGUUUUUAGUUUUCACUAAUAGUUCUCACCUUCGUCCUCGCCCGAUUUGGCACCUACACACAACGGUUAUAGCUUUCCCAGAUUCCCAUCUAGCUAUGCACAAUGAUGCUGUAUAGCGACCGGUCUUUGCACAUUCGUUAAUUAACAAAAGCAUGUGAUUAACCACCGAUUAACAAAAUAGAUCUGAACAGACAGUAUAUUAACAUGGGUCUUAUUGUUUGUCAUAUGGAUACACUUAAAAGUACAAUAGCUAAAGUAACUUCUCAACGUUCAAUAUUCAACAAAAUGUCAUAGUUAUAUAAAGUAGUUCCGAAGACGCCGAAAUCUUGCCAGAUGCACUUGGCGCCACCAAUGAAGACAUAGCGUGAAAUUUUUAGUACAAAUGCAAAUACGUAUGGACGGCUUCAAGAAGACAUGCGCGAGAAAAUAUAUACUGUGAUAUUUCAUUUUAGAAUUUUGUGUAUAUAUGUAGAGAGUGAAGAAGGGUCUUUCUGAAGAUUAUAAAAUGGUGAAAAUAAAUUAUUCCUGAUUUCCAUCACAUAUUUUAUGUAUACAUGUACUCCCUUGAGAUUAAAAUGUUUAUUAUAUUUUAUUUUUUACUGUAUACUUAUAGCACCUUAUCAAAUUUUUUGAAAGUCAGAAAUAUUUUUUACAUAUGUUUAAUAAGAAUCUAUGCUCAUUCGAGGUUGAUUUUCAGACAAUAGUUGCCGUUGAUAUAACAUUCCUAAAAAUGUAUAGAGAAUACAGAACUGUGAUAGAUUUUGGCGAUAGGAAUCAAAAUUAAUAUUCUGCUGGGCUUUUAUUUUCAUAAUUGUUGUAUUUACCUUCGAUAAUAAAAAGAAAAUUAAGAAUA